CUUCUCAGUACACAGUAGAGACGCGAGACAUGUUUGUAGGAAGAAACAGAAGGCAACAAGAAGGCCUACCUCGGGCGAACUAGGACGUCACUUGUUCGAGUUUGACAAUGAAGACGCUUUGCUCUGCUGUCAUUCUUCUUUUCUUUCAUCAGCUUUCUUCACUUCGGGUACGUAGUGAUAUGAAGAUGGCAGCACGUCUAGUUGGAUGUAUUUCCGUACUGGACUCGAGGAAGUAACCUUCACAGACGAGCAAAUGCGUCUAGCUGCUGUGUUUAAUUAACGACAGUCAUGGGGCACAAAAUGGCGAGUGUUGCUCGAUAUCUGGCUACAUUCCUAUUAAUCCAACGAAGGGUUAUGAAUUCAGCAUCUACAUCAAAUCGACGGAAGGAACAGAAGGCAACAAGAAGGCCUACCUCGGGCGAAUUUGGACGUCACGUGACAACUAAUUUCUUCUCACAUUGCAAGCGCCUAGUUUAGUGUCUGUCAGAGGGGUAACGAAUCUAUUGUUUAGAGACAGUGAUCUGUAGGCAAGGUCUAGAAGAUUCAUCUAUUUUCUCUAGUUGUUCGAGUUUGACAAUGAAGACGCUUUGCUAUACUGUCAUUCUUCUUUUCCUUCAUCAGGCUUUCUUCACCUCGGGUAGUGAUAGGAAGAUGGGCAACAGGUCUAGUUGGAUGUAUUUCCGUACUGGACUCGAGGAAGUAACUUUCACAGACGGGCAAAUGCGUCUAGCUGCUGUGUGUAACGACAGUCAUGGGGCACAAAUUGAUGGUGGAUGUUGCUCGAUGACUGACUACGUUCCGAUUAAUCCAGCGAGGGGUUAUGAAUUCGGCAUCUACAUUAAAUCGACGGCAUCUGACAUGGUAAACUCGUUUGGUUUUUAUGUUUACAAUGAGAACAAAGAAAGAAUAUUGAAUCCUAACUUGCGUGAUCCAUACUUCAAAAACAGUGAUAACGAUUCAAAUGUGUGGACCAAAUGGACGAGCUACAUUCUUCCUCUCUACAUGUCUGACUCGAACAGUGACAGCCAACCGGAUUCUCAGUUUGAUGAAACAAAUGGAGUAGAUUGGAAGUGGCCACAUAAUGCUAGAUAUGUUGCCGCACGAUUUGGAUCGUGUGGUAAUGACAGUCAAAACUCAAAAAAGGACAUCGUUCGUAGGCACAUUGUACUUACUUCUGUGCCAACUUCAGACUCUGUCAAGCCUACAAAACGUGUAGAUAUUGAGUCUACUAGCGUCAAUACUGAAUCUGCUCCUACUAAGGAUUUCUCUGACCCACUUUCUGCUACAAACGAAAGUAACACUGUACCUUCAGCCGCAGCUCCUACUGCACCUUCUACUGCACCUCCUACUUCACCUUCUACUGCACCUCCUACUUCACUUCCACCUGUUACACCAGCUGUAGACAAGACGUGGUACUUGAAUCUCAGCUUUCGCGAACUCAAGCCUUCAUGGCGUCCUGAACAUGUUGUUGUCCGGACCUUUAACAUAUCUGACUUCCGUGAAUGGCAAACGAAACCAAACGACACUAAAGCACAUGAUACACAUACUCCUGUAGCCAAGAUGGUUGAGGGGAAAGAGAGAGAAUGUUAUUAUCCGUGGGGCGUUACACAUCGUUUUGAGAUUGAUUCAAACAAAUUAUAUGAGUUUAGCGUUUGGAUCAAAAGCACACAACCCGAUCUUCACAACUUUUUUGGUUUUCAAGCGUAUGACAAAGACGAAAAUCAUCUGACCUUCCCAUUACUUCCAAGUGAAUAUAGGCAGUACUAUUCUAAUGUCACAACCAAACCGUACUUCAAAAGAAGCAACAAUGAUGCAAAAGAGUGGACAUGGUGGAAUGGAUUUGUACUUGCAGACGGAGCUGAUGACAUUUCUUCCCACUUCAUUGGUAAAGGACGAAACUGGGUGUGGCCACGAGGUGCCAAAUAUGCGCAGUUGAGGUUUGGCACUUGCUACGGCGGCGGAAACAACCAAGGCAUCGCCUAUUUCGCUUUUCCUCGAGUGGUGCAGACUGAUUUCUAGUCAUAGAGUGUCAUGUACUGGUGUGUUUCAAACUAAUCAACAGUUAUGAUACGUACGUAGGGCAAAUCUGAAAUCGUGCCUAGUUAUAGGCAUGUUUCCGUACUACGACUCUGCUAGAUGUCUCGCGAACGCGUUUGUCAACUACUAUAGCUAUUAAUUGCUGAACCUCGUCUCUAUAGUUUCUACACUAACGAAUGCUCAAA